AUGCUCUUUCGCCCGUCUUCGCUGAUUCGGUUAGCGACACGAAAAAUGAACAUCGAAGCUCUCGCACAAGCCGAUCCGAUACAAGCUCAACACAUGAAGGAGGUCUGCAUAGCGGUGAACGAGUCGGAUGUGCCGGAAGAAGCGAUCCCAAAAUGCGACGCGCAUCACAUUGAAUCGCUUACGUUACAUCGGGCUUUCAGUGUUUUCGCAUUCACGCCCGAUCAUCGCCUGCUCUUACAGAAGCGUUCCAAGCACAAGAUCACCUUUCCGGAGAUGUGGACAAACACAUGCUGCUCUCAUCCAUUGUGGAAUGAUGCCGAAUUGAAAGGCGUUGAAGGUGCAAAAGCGGCGGCAAAGCGAAAGAUGGAACAUGAAUUGGGGAUAAAAGCAAUUGAAGAUGACCGCUACUUAUUUAAGGGAAAGUACUUGUACAAAGCGAUGAUGCCGAAUUCGCCAUGGGGAGAACACGAGAUGGAUUAUGUGCUCAUCCUUCGUAACUUCGAUCUGUCACGGAUAGAAGUAAACGCGGAGGAAGUUGAGAAUUAUGCAGUUGUAUCGUUGGAAGAGUUGAAGAAGCGCCUGGCGAAUCCAAACUGCAAUUUCACGCCUUGGCAAAAUUGGCGUCGAAUGAAACGAAAGCAAGAUCAACCAUCAAAACAAAAGGCAAAACGACUUGAGCAGUUUAACGAGCCGGGAUCGUUGGCUAAAAAAAAAAGCAUUAUCCAUAUCGAGUAUAACAACGCGACGUCGAAAUGGGAGGUCACACGACAAGCGACAAAGUAUCUACAGACAAUGGGGGUUCCCGGGGUAAAGGGUGCACCCCAAACAUUGUACCCUGAAGAGGUAUUCUACUUGUACGAAAUUGGAUCGGCGAUCGUGAAAGAAAAAGAAGGAAGACAAUUAAUUGGAACAGAGGUUUUGGCACUAGCUCUGCGAGCAAUCUCCUUUUCUUGUUUGAUGACGUAUCGGGAAAUGCGACGAGCCGGAUUUGUUGUUGUUCGGAAAAGGUUGCAUCCUACAGAACCGGUUGCACAGACGCAAGCGACACCAUCGAUAAGUUACUUUGACGAGAAAGCCAAUAAGCCUUCGACAUCCGAGCCCACCAUCAAUAUUUUAGCUGAAACAAAGAAAUCGCCUUCAGAACCUGCAAAUGCCUCCUUGUCUCUGAAGCCUUUUUCAUCGACAGUGCUUGAUAUGUUUCCGACGCUUGAAAAUGGCAAAAUGAAAAUGAUUCACCUGGCGACGGAUCAAAAUUUAUCACCAAUGCAUGAGCCUAUUUCAUCUAGAAUAGUCUCACCGAAUGUGAUACGGCUAACUCCAGAUGUGGAUCGACCGAAGAUGAUGAAACGUCUCUCGACACCUUUAGCGCCGAGGUUUUGGCCAAACUUAGAGGAGCUCGCGACUACAGCUUCAACAUGGAGUGAAUAUCGCGAAAAAUUCAAGAGAACAAUGGAGAUGAACGAACAACGGGCAUUUAAUAGAUACAACUCUUUCAAGAGUCCAUUUCAAAUAUCAAGAGGAGGACCGGCACCUCGACGUGGUUUCUCUCGAGCUCCAUUUCAUGCAAACACAUCUUACACACCACGGCCAUUUCAACGAACACCACUGAUGCCAAAAGUAAAACAGCAAAUGGGAGUGGAGUACGACAUUUACAAGGCGGGCACAUUUAUGCACACAGUUGUGACGCCUCCAUUUAUGCGAAUGACUGUACUUGAAUCAAGUUGUGGGAACGUGCUAUCAAGUGCCAAUCCGGAUCCAACGAUUCGCUCGAUUUUCGCCAUGGUUUCAGCCGACUCCGUCAUCACCUACAUUGAACACUCGAACAAUCCGAUAACACUUCAAGAGAUGGAAAAGUUUGUUCAA